GUACUGCGCCUGCGCACACCGGGUCGCGGUUGCCCGGCGGCGGCAGCCGUUCAGAAUGUCGAGCGCGCGGGGGGGCGGGGGAACAGUCCCUCCCUCCGGCGGACGCGCGGUGGUGGCGGCAGCAGCAGCUGCUGCUGCGGGAGGGGAGGAGGCGGCGCCUGUGUCGGCGCUGGAGGUUGUGUCCUUCCUGGGGAAACUACUGUGCGCAGUCGCGGCACUGAAGGCGGCUCUCUGUCUACUCCGCAGAGUCUGUCUAGCUAUGGCCUGGAAGUCAGGAGGCGCCAGCCACUCGGAGCUCAUCCACAACCUCCGCAAAAAUGGAAUAAUCAAAUCAGAUAAAGUAUUUGAAGUAAUGCUUGCAACAGACCGUAGCCACUAUGCAAAAUGCAACCCAUAUAUGGAUUCUCCUCAGUCAAUAGGAUUUCAAGCAACAAUCAGUGCUCCACACAUGCAUGCAUAUGCUCUAGAACUUCUAUAUGAACAGUUACAUGAAGGAGCCAAAGCCCUUGAUGUAGGAUCUGGAAGUGGAAUUCUUUCAGCAUGCUUUGCACGGAUGGUUGGCUCCAAAGGACAAGUUGUAGGAAUUGAUCAUAUCAAAGAGUUGGUAGAUGACUCAAUAAAUAAUGUCAAAAAGGAUGAUCCUCUGUUGUUAUCUUCAGGAAGAGUGAAACUGAUUGUGGGGGAUGGAAGAAUGGGAUAUCCAGAUGAAGCUCCAUAUGAUGCUAUUCAUGUAGGAGCUGCUGCACCAGUUGUUCCCCAAGCUCUUAUAGAUCAAUUAAAGCCUGGUGGAAGGUUAAUAUUACCUGUUGGCCCUGCUGGAGGAAACCAGAUGCUGGAACAGUACGAUAAGCUAGAAGAUGGCAGUGUCAAAAUGAAGCCUCUGAUGGGAGUGAUAUAUGUGCCUUUAACAGAUAAGGAGAAACAGUGGUCCAGGUGGAAGUGAUUUUCUGUUCAACUUUCUUCUUCCACGCACUUAUACAUACAAGGGAUGAAAUGUAAAAGCUACGUCAUCUGACCCAAACAUAGUGUUAACAGUGGACUGCUCAUCUCCACAAUUCUUAAAAGCUUUUUCAAAACCAACAGCAUUGCAGCUUGUUUUGGACUUUGUUGCACUGUUAUCAGCAUGGAAAAGUGUGGUGUUUUUUAUUUUGUAGAAGUUUAAUGCAAGUUUGAUAAUGAACUGAUGGAAAGUUUAAAUUUGGGCAAAUGUUUCUUUUCAACAUGUCCUUAUUUUCAUCUGUUUAAGGAAAUAUAUCUGCAAAAAGCUGGACAGACCUGCAAUUUGUUAUCUUUUUUAUUUUGUAUUGGAAAACCUUCUGAACACUUACUUCAGCUCCAGUGUUCAUCAUAUUGCUUAUCUGCACUUUCUGACACUACAUGCACACUAUAUGGUUCUUGUUUUCAGCUGUCUUCUAGAUGAUACUAAAAUGAGAUGACGUUUGUCAAUGCUUUCAACAUGGUGUCAUAGACUAGCAUGUAGUUCAUACAAUCAGCUGCUUUAUUUCCUUUAAAAAUCAGAUAUCAAGAUAUCAUGUAUAUAAAUUUAAAGACAUCAGAAAUGACAGCUCUUGUAUACACUGCUGUUCAGGAUGGACAUAACUGACAUAGUUUUCUCCCCUUUCCUUGUAGAAUAAUUUAACAGGCCCAUAGUUGAGUAUUGUUUGCAAAUCUGAUGUACCUGAAUUUAAUCUACCAAAUACUGUGUAAGCUAUGUCCUAAUCAUUGAACAGUUUAUGCAAUGCUGCUUUGCCAAAUAAAAUUCAAAACAAAA